GAACAGACAUCCGAGCUUUUGGCAUUUCACUGUACAGGCAAGAGUUGCGGGCAUCACUGGGUCACCGGCCGGGGGACAACGAGCACGGAGCAGAUUUGCAAGUGCUGCGGUGAGUCGGUGGUGGGCGUGCCGAGCAAGGGAAGCGUCUUUUGCGAGGUGGACAAGGAAGGGGCAGGAGAUGAUGGCGAGGUGGUGAAGAUCCGCCUGGAGCAGCAUGUGGCCCCAGGUUGGGCCACGCUGGAGCUCGAGGACAGGCUGCUAGACUUCGUGCGAUCGGAGAUCAAGUUCAUCUCGCAGUUCUUUCAGGAGGAUGGAGUCCAGGACUAUGUGGCAUACCGCUCUGGGAAGAGGCUGGAGGGUGCGGAGGGUCGAGACCGCAACAAGGAUGCCUUGCUCAUCCACCGUGCUGCGCGCGUGGUGGAUGCGCUUUGCAGGGCGGAAUUCACCGGUACCCUACGCGCCGGAGAGGCAGACGCGAAGCUGCAGGCGUUCCUGAAGGGUAGGAUACAGUUCUCCUUGAC